AUGAGGAGGCGACCUGGAAUUGGCGGCUUGCAGACAGCCGCUGCUGCUAGGGACCAAUAUCGGUUGUUAGGCGAGAAUGUCGCCAAGAUCAGAACCGAUCUCAUGAAGGAACAGCUUACCACUUUUCGAACCCAGUUGGAAGAUUUCGCUCGAAAACACAAGAAUGAUAUUCGUAAGAACCCUGCUUUCAGAUCACAAUUUCAUAACAUGUGCACUAAGGUUGGAGUAGAUCCCUUGGCCUCCAAUAAGGGUUUCUGGGCAGAGCUCUUGGGGAUUGGUGACUUCUAUUAUGAACUUGGGGUGCAAAUUGUUGACAUUUGCUUGGCAACAAGACCCCACAAUGGAGGUUUGAUUAACCUGCAAGAACUCUGCAAUCUGCUUCGUCAGAGGCGAAGGAGUGACCGUGAAGCUGUGUCUGAGGAUGAUUGCCUGCGUGCUAUAAGUAAACUGAAGGUAUUGGGCAAUGGUUUUGAGGUGAUUUCUGUUGGAAAGCGAAAGCUUGUUCGUUCUGUUCCAACUGAGUUGAACAAAGACCAUAAUGAAAUUUUAGAGCUAGCCCAGGCUCAAGGAUUUGUGACUGUUGAUGAGGUAGAGAGACGGCUAUCUUGGACCACUGGUCGUGCAAUUGAUGCCUUCGACACUUUACUAGAUGAGGGUCUUGCAAUGAUUGAUGAUGGCCACAAAGAUGGUAUUCGCCGAUAUUGGUUCCCUUGUGUAUCUUCCAUCUCGACUCCAGGAGGAGCUGACACCUAA